AUGUUACAUAUUUUGAAUAUUCGUCAUUUGUAUUGCAGAAGUAAUAUUAACAUUUUUGAGAGAUGGAAAACUAAUGCAGACCUGUUGGUAACAUACAAAAGUAAUAAAAACACUCCCCAUUUGAUCGUGAUUUACAAAACCUGUCAGAUGAUUGUCGGGCAGAAUGCACAUUACCAGCUUUAUUCUUUAAUUGGAAAAGGCUUCACUGAUGCUAUAUCAGUUCAUCUAGCAAAGCACAUACCAUCUGGAGUGAAUAUUGCAGUUAAGAGGAUUGAUUUAGAGACCGUUAGUACGGAAAUUGCAGACUUACAGAAAGAAAUUGCAUUGGUGCAACAAUUACAGCAUGAAAAGAUCUUGAAGUUUUACACAACAUUUGUGUUUAAUCGGGAAUUAUGGAUUGUUAUGCCAUUUAUGGCUUAUGGUUCAUGCAAAGAUCUGUUUCAUGCCUAUUUUACAGCUGGCCUACCAGAACAAGCUAUUGCCUAUAUACUCAAAGAUGUUGUCAAAGCACUUGAAUAUUUGCACUCCCGAGGAAUUAUUCAUAGGGCUGUGAAAGCUAGUCAUGUAUUAAUAUCUGCUACUGGCCAUGUAAAACUCUCCGGUCUUCACAAUGCUCUCUCUAUGAUACAAGGUGGCAAACGACUUCGAAGACUGCAUGAUUAUCCAGCCACAGCUGUAAACACUCUACUUUGGUUAAGUCCAGAAAUUUUGGAACAGAACAUGGCUGGUUAUGACACACGUUCAGACAUAUACAGUAUUGGGAUUUUAGCUUGUGAACUGGCCAAUGGCUAUGCACCAUUUGCAGAUAUGCCUGUAACUCAAAUGCUACUAGCUAAAUUAAAUGGUACCAAACCUGUGUUGCUGGAUAGCCGGACUGUAUCAGAGCUCAGUGGAGUAAACAGUAAUACUGGUUUCCGUUUGAAUACAAAUGUGGCGAAGGAUUCACCUGCCUACUUAAGAACUUUUUCCUUUGCUUUCCAUGGCUUUGUCGACACCUGCCUGGAAAAAGAAUCACAUCUCAGAACAUCCACCACCAGUUUAUUGAGCCAUGCAUUUCUCAAAGGCCUGCGUCGUAGUACCUCAGAUGUGCUACCAUCUCUGCUCCAGCCAGUCACCCCACUCACAGAUAUUAGUAAAUUAGCUAAAGUUGAAGAUCCAAGUAUUUCUGAGAUAUUACAAAAAACCCAAGAUGUCAGUGUGGAAGAUGUAUGGAUUUUCUGA